CGCCUCCCGACUCACACACUCCCCUCCCCCGCGGCCGCGAGACAAGAAGAAGGUGCAGAUCUCUCUCAGUCAGUCGGCGGCGUGCUCGAGAGAGACCAACAGACGCUCGCUCUCUCACUUUGAAAAGGCCUCGCUCGCACACACAAAAUCCAACUUGAUGGUGAUCCUGCAGGCCUUCCUCCUCCUGGCGCUGGCCGCCCCUCGCGCCGCCCCCGCAGCCGCCCCCGACUUUGUGGCCGUCGACCGCCUGGCCGAUGGAGAACUGGAGCGCCGAAUCAAGUUCGGCCGCCUCUACGCCAGGGAGACCUCCCUCGCCGACCCCCAAAACAGGGAAGGUCUUGUGCUGCGCGAGGUGAGCGACGGCCGGCAAUUGGUGCAGCUCAUCUACAACGACGGAGGAGCGACGCUGGUCGACUGCGAUCUCAUGCGUAAACGCAACGCAACGCGACACUUCCUGCGUCGUUUCCACGCCGACGAGCAACGCGCCCGCGACGCAGACGACCGCGCACUCAAGGCGCCGCCGAACGCAACCUUCACGGCGCUGUCCCCGGUGGCCCCGCGGCCCGAACCCUGGCUUGACUUCGACGCCCUGGCCACGUCCUGCAAAAGCAACCACCGCAGGGUCAGGGCGUUGCUCCAUAGCAAGGAACACGGCGCCGAAGAUCAGCGCCACCAUGCACAUCAGCAACUUUCCAGAGUGAAGCGCGGCUGGGGAAUCGCGCCGGGCACCGCGUGGUGCGGCCACGGCGACAGCGCCCGCGGACUGCGGCACCUGGGGGUGUUGGCGACCACCGACAAGUGCUGUCGGCGCCACGACCACUGCCCCCUGCUCAUCGGCGGCUUUGAGAGUCGCUUCGGCUUUUACAACAUUCACCCCUUUACCCUCAGCCACUGCGCCUGCGACGAGAGGUUUCGGACGUGUCUUAAGAUGUCGGGCACGGGUGCCGCAAACAUGGUCGGCAAGCUGUUUUUCAACGUGGUGCAGACAAAGUGCUUUGUGCUCAAGAAUGAAAAGGUGUGCAAAAAGUACUCGUGGUGGGGCAAGUGUCUCAGGUACAAGCGCCAGAAGCAAGCCUACCUCAGGGACAACCUUUCGUUUUGAGCAAGUGCUGCCACCUGCACGAGAGUUUAAUUUAUUUUCAAUUCCAGCUGUGAUCAUUUUUCUCCUGCUGCUGCCGAUUUUCUCUUAAUUUAAAAAAAAAACUACUACUGUAGGUUUAAAAAUAUUGAGACCCUUCUGUGUAAGACGGUGUAGAAUAUUCAGGGCUCGCAAACGUGGAAAAUAAUGCCCCCUGAAUAGGAGGAGACAAAACGAAAUUGUAUACCAAUCUCUCUUUGUGUUAGAUGAUGAGAUUUUCGCUUAAAUUUUGGACGUGUAGUUGAACGUUACAUAUAGAAAAAGAAAAUGAAAAAUACUCCAUCUGAAAUUCCACAAUGGACAAAGAAAGAGCCGAGAUGAACUUUAACUCUUGAUUCCGAAACAGUCCCCUGCUUAAUUUUAACAAUCCCCGAUAAUAUGACACUUCUUAGUUGACAUUCCAUCACUAAAGAGUCAAAGUUGGUCAAAUAUGCCACGGAAGUUAUGCUGCAUUAAUUCUAGACUUUGGCAGGAGAGUGUUUUUUGUCUCGGCUGUUCUUCCAAAGAAAACCAGUUAACGAAAACUAAAGACGCCGGCAAUCAACUAAUUAAGAGUAAUUUAUUAAUAAUAAAUCAAUUUCAAAUAUAUGUUAAUGUAUAAUGUAAGAGUACAUAAUAUUGAAAUAUAUUGAAUGUUGAGAUGUUGAGCAGAAGUUGCCGUUGAGAUGAUGAGAACGAUAUUAUAUAUAUGAGAAUGUCUGUCUGUAUGAGAUAAAUUUUGCGAAAAGCUGCUGAGAAAUCUAAAAAUGAUCUGUUCCAAGUCACGAAAGAAAAACAAAAUGUAAAACAAGAAAAGACUUAGAAAAUAAUAAAAAUAUGAA